CCCUGAUCUUGAGCUAAUCAGCUGCUGCUGUUUCAGCUAAUGCCUUAGGUUUCCAAGUAUAAGAAGAACUUACCAAUUGUUUACAGAUAGGUUUACGGACCCACCCACCGUAGGAAAUCACCCCCACCCUAUAUCUGCGCCGUAUCAACCUUAAUCUGGUCUGUUAAACUAACAUAGAAUUGUCCAAAAGCUGCGUCGUCUGAUAUCAUCUGACAAGCAUGCCUGGCAUACCUCUCGUGGAUCGUGAAAUCACAUGUGCAGAUCAAAUGUGCCGCCAAGGUUGUAUCCUACAUUUGUCCGAGGAAGAGGAAAUUGCAGCUGAAGAAAGCCUUAAACUUUAUUGCAAGCCUGUAGAGCUCUACAAUAUUCUUCAACGACGUGCUAUAAGAAAUCCAUCAUUUCUCCAGAGAUGCCUACGGUACAAAGUACAGGAAAAAAAAAAAAGGAGGGUCCAGAUACCAGUUUCUGUUUCAGGGACUCUGAUCAAUGGAUUUCAACAUCAAAAUCUUUUCCCUAUUUGCAUAAUGUUGGCUAAGCCAGUUGCUGACUUUGGAGUUACAGAUACUUAUUCUGCAGUUUAUCGCUUUAGUCGAGCAGAUAUCCUAACUACUUCAACUGGAGCUGAAACAAAGUUUACCUUUCCAGACAUUAACAAGUUGGAGGGGGAGAUUAAAUCUGGUUCUCUUUUUAUUCUGUUUGUCAGCUUUGCUCAAUUAGGAGAAUCAAUUAAUGCUAUUGAUCUGACAAAGUAUUGUACAGAUGCAUCACAUUGUCCAUAUCUUGAGCUUGUGAUUCCUUGUUUUCUCUGCCCAAAAAUGUCCUGCUUCUUACUUGAUUCCAUGUACAUGUCAGCAAACAUUGAAGGAUGCUGCCUAUUUGGCAAAAUACCCAUGGAAAAGUCUCCCAACUUGAGUUUAGGGGAGAAGGCGGAGAUGACGACCUCCAUUGAAAUGCACUCUUCAUUUAUGAAGUUAAGUUGCACAGACAAGGACAAAUUUAUUUCAUUUCAGACCCCUUACAACUCUGUUGCUGAGACUGCACCAAAGCAAAUUGAAGUUAUUAUUUGUGCGGAAGAAGUUGGCGCAAAAGACAAAUACCCUUAUGACUCAGACAACUCUGAUGCUGUGUCUGCUCCAAAGCAAGUGGAAGAUAUUAUUUGUGCUGAAGAAGUUGGUGCAAAAGACAAAUCCCCUUAUGACUCAAACGACAGUACUCUUAAUACUUCAUUGUACCGUGUUAUCCGGUUGAGAAGUGGUAAUGUAGUAUUCAACUUCAGGUACCUUAACAAUAAGUUGCAGAGAACAGAAGUUGUAGAAGACUCCUCUUGCCCGUUCUGUUUGGCCAAAUGUGGUAGUUUUAAGGGUUUGAGAUACCAUUUAUCCUCAUCUCAUGAUCUAUUCAACUUUGAGUUUUGGGUCAAAGGUGAGAUUCAAGCUGUGAAUGUAUCUGUAAAAACUGAGGUUGAGCAAUCUGAGGUCGCUGCCGAUUGUGUCGAUCCUCAGCAACAGGCCUUUUUCUUUUGUUCAAAGCUACUAAAGCGUAGAAAAGCAACCAAUCUUCUGCAGAAUUCGAAGCAUGUUCAUCCACUGAUCAUAGAUUCUGACUACCCAUCUGCAGUUAACGAAGUUCAGGACAAGGCUGAUGGUAUCGCAGAGUUCUUGGAUCGUGAUAUACCCAGUUCUGAUGUCACUGGAAUGUCAAAAGGUAUUGCUCAAUCACACUCACAUGCAGAUCCUGAAGGUAUCCAAUCGAUAGCUGGAAACAAUCUCGGACCUACUACCUUGCCACAGCUUGCAAAGAAGAAAAAGUUAUCUAUUGCGCGUUCUGACCCAAGGAAUCGUGCCUUGUUGGAGAAACGCCCAUUCAUCCACUCCCAAAGUGCACAGCCUAUGGCAUUGGAAGAAGUUUUGGCAGAUCGUGACAGUGAAGAUGAGGUUGACAAUGAUGUUGUGGAUAUUGAAGAUCGAAGGAGGCUUAAUGAGUUUGUGGACGUUACCAAAGACGAAAAAGAAAUGAUGUUAAUGUGGAACACAUUUGCGAGGAAACAGCGAAUAAUUGCAGACGGUCACAUGCCUUGGGCUUGUGUAGCAUUUUCAAAACUGCAUGGCCGAGCUCUUGUUGAUUCGCCAUCACUGCUAUGGUGCUGGAGAUUAUUUUUGAUAAAGCUAUGGAAGCACGGGCUGAUUGGUGGACGGAACAUUAACGAUUGUAACCUAAUAUUUGAAAAGAUUCAGAAAAAAGAUGCGGAGGAUCCUGAGAAGAAGAGCUAGGAUGGUGGUGAUGAUAUAUUUGGAUUUUGUUAAAGGUGUCAAGAACCACCCUCACUAAUUUACUGCUAAUGAUAUUUGUUACUGGUUUCUUGAAAUUUACUCUUUUGUUAAGAUUAUCAACAAUUUAAGUGACGGCGGUGGCGGUGGUAAGAACUCUUCCUUUUGUUCAAUUUUAGAAAGAAAUAAAGACCUAUUAAUUAAUCUGUUUA